AUGGCAAAGCUCGCGACUAAAUCAAAAGUUCGCAGCCCGCAUUCCGGGACCCAGAGCCAGACCAAGCCUAGUCCCAGACCUUGGGCGCCCAGUCGACAUGAGCCCGCGGCUCAAGAUGCCCAGGGCAUGCUCGUGCUCGUAACGACGUCAGCACUCGGCGUGGAGAACCCCGUGCUCGACCCAUGGCAGUGUGGCGAAUGCGGAGAGUUUGCGUCUACCAGCGCCGUCACAGGGGUUGUUUCCUCUGUCGCGUGGAUGUGA